GUCCAGUGCAAUGGCAGUGUCAAACAUAGUGUUUUCACAAUUUCUUUUUUUUUUUAGAUGUUUUUAAAUCAAUUUAAUGAACCUUGUAUCAACUCCAGACUAAAAAAACAGACCUCAAACACUCUUUAGGAAGAAAGACAGACAGCACAACAGGAAGUCCUGUUCCUGUGAACAUAUAGAGUAUGUGAUUUGGAGGAGUCUAGGUUUUGACUGUUUCUAAUUCAAUAUACUGUAAAACAUUAUUGUUAUUUGGUAUUUUGUUGAGUAUUGUGUAGGUGUGCUUGUUUGUAAAUUGAAUUGGUUUCUAAAUAAAGUCUCUGUAACUUUAUAUUACAUUAAUGAGUUUAUUCUCCAUUAACAAACAGAAAACUGCUGUAUGGCCCCUAAAAGUCAAAAAGUUUAAUCAAACCAACUUUGCUCACCUACUGUGAGCAGAUUUUCAAGACUUUAAACCCCAGAUAGUGUCUCACAUUAAUGUCUCACUUGUUAAUUUAUUAAACUAUAUAUAUUUAACAGUAAAUGAGAAAAGGUAUACAGAAGCCAUUUAAAGAUGCUUAACAUGUUUGAGAAGUGUCAAGGUGUUAAUGUGUAGAGAAGUGGGGUUGCAUGGCAUGGAUGGAUCUAUAGCAGAGUUUUCUUUAAUACUAUUUUCUCCUUUUUAUAAAUGGUCUGAGCACCUUUGGUUGGAAGAUCUAGCCCAUAAGAGAAACAGUCAAUGCUUCCAGCUUUGGAAUUCUCCAGCCUUGGAUUCGGUGGACGGUGGAUACUUCUGUGGAUUUGUGGACAAGUCGUGUUUUUAAUUUGGAUGUUGUGCGCUCUGGUGGUGUUUCUGGUGCGUCCUAAAUUGGCCCAGCGGGAGGCAGGGCUCCACGAGGAUCAAGCAAACCCUGAAACGCAAUCCUUGGCACUUACAGUGACUCAGCGCAGCCACGUCCUCCAGUGUCCAGGUUUCACAGAGGUGACAGGCAUUGAGUCCAGACACUGAAACUAUGCGCACCGUGACCACUGAGGCGAACCCAAAAGAUUGAAUGAACAUGUUUGGCACAGCACUUGUACGCCUGAAUCCCCACCUCGCAGCAACAGCAGGUUACGCUCAUUCAAAGCACUUAUAGCGCGCGUCUUUUUUUGUUGACUCACUUGCGUUUUCUCUACCUUACGCGUACUAUCCGACUCUUCGACAUGGUGGAACACAGCGGUCUGGACAUCAUGUGCCUGAACAAGUACUGCCACAGCUCAUCCUCAUCUUCCAGCAGCUCCGAGCGCGACAAGAAGACGUUCGCCAAAAUCAAGCUCAAACUUUCCUCUUCAGCCUCCUCGGAUGCGGACUAUCCGCAGAAGAACGCGCAGAUCCUGAGCGGUCAGUACGGCACCAACCUGCUGCUGAUCGGCGCCGCGCUUAUGCUGGCCGUGGCCAACCACGACCCGUUCGUGAAGGAAGAGCACCUGCUAUCCUUCAUCACAUGCCUCAUGAUCCUGCAGCUGGCCUGGAUGAUGUGGUACAUCCUGGGACGCAACAGGCAAAAGAAUGCGCAGACCGAGAAGGACGUGCACGCAACCACAGGCUGGAUCAGAGGUGGUUUAACGCUGCUGGCACUGAUGUCACUAAUCAUGGACGCUUUCCGAAUAGGUUAUUAUGUUGGCUAUCAAUCGUGUGUGUCGGCUGUGCUGGGCGUAUAUCCUGUCAUCCAUGCCACCCACACCAUGGCACAGGUCCAUUUUCUUUGGUUUCACAUCAAGGAUGUCGUCAAAAGCUUCGAGACAUUUGAAAGAUUUGGCGUCAUCCAUGCAGUCUUUACAAAUCUUCUCCUUUGGUGCAAUGGCGUGAUGUCAGAGGCAGAGCACUUCCUGAACAACCACAUUCGAAGACUCUCUGCCAUGGGCUAUGGAAACCUCACCGAAGAACACCAUAAACCUGUGUGCAACUGCACCACCAGCGUUUGCACCAUGUUCACCAGCAGUCUCUACUAUCUCUUCCCCUUCAACAUUGAGUACCACAUCUUCGUCUCUGCGAUGCUCUUUGUAAUGUGGAAAAACAUCGGGCGCACCAUUGACCAUUCCUCGAACCAGAAGAGGCUCGCCACCAAGACUCAGGGCCUCUCAGUUGGUCCAAUUCUAGGCCUGCUCGCUCUGGCCAGCACUAUUGGAAUCUUGGUAGUGUACAUCACUCAUGUGGAGACUCUUCAGACUCGGCAGUCGGCCGUUUCUAUGUUCUACAUUUUCGGCAUUGUCCUGCUGCUCUGCAUGUGCUGCACCACUGCUUUAGGUCUAUUUAUAUAUCGAAUGGACCAGAUUCCGUUAGACACAUCUAAGAACCCUUCACGGCAGCUGGACUCAGAGCUACUGUUCGGCUCCUCGGUUGGCUCCUGGCUCAUGUCAUGGUGCAGCAUAGUUGCUGUGUUAAGUACCAACGCCAGUCCUCCGUAUCGCUGGACCAACUUAAUUUACUCCGUGCUCAUUGUUCUGGAGAAGUGCAUGCAGAACCUCUUUGUCAUCGAGUCUCUUUACCGACAGCAGGGAGACAAACAGUCGGAGGAACUGGAAUUACCAUCUUCUCCAGAAAUCUUCUCUGUCACUUCCUCUUUAGCGCCCCCAUACAACGGGAUCAUUAACAGAGCGUACGAGACUCCGGACAAGGCAUGCGUCACCAUGGAGAGUGAGCAGGAGGAGAACGGUCAGGUGUAUGGAUGUCCGAGGAAGCCAUCGGAGGUGCCACUGCCUGUUGGAAAGAAAGAAGUAGAUUCACCAAAUGUGAAACGGCAAAUCCUGAAGAACCUCUCUGUCUUCCUGAUAAUGUGCAACAUUUCACUGUGGAUCCUUCCAGCCUUUGGCUGCCGGCCACAGUAUGACAAUGGGUUGGAGCAGGAGACGUUUGGCUUCAGCAUAUGGACGACAGUUCUCAAUUUCGCCAUACCUUUGAACCUUUUCUACCGCAUGCACUCAGUUGCCUCUCUCUUUGAGGUGUUCCGUCGGGUUUGAAAAAAAAAAAAAAAAAAAAAACAACAGCCAAAAG